GUGUGUUAGUGGAUGGAUGUUGAUUAUUGCUGUUAAGAAAAGUUUGUUGAAGCAUGAAAAAGUCAUGAUUGAACUGCCAACUCCAAAUCCCCGAGCAUUCAUCUAGCAAGAGAAAGAAGGAGAAGAAAACUAAAGCUGCGGAUUGCUUGGUGGCUUGUUACUAGCUAAUUAAACGAUGAGUUAGCUGAAAGGAGGGCGGAAGAUUGUCAAUUAGCUGGCUAGAUAGACUCGUCAUUCAAGAUAAGCACCAUCAAUUCUCCAAAACUCGAAUCAGCCAAAAUCGUCUGUCUUCGGCUCUUCGCCACUCGGUUUCUAUAUCGUCUUCUUCAUUCAGUAGGUACUACUUGUCGUUCUUAAUUACUAAGUGCGAAGCUAACUAGGGUUCGAGCAGUCUCUCGGGCGGCAGCUGGUAGAAUAAAAGAAUGAAGGGGAAGCCGAUCAUAUCAUCAGGCAAAGCCAUAAUACUGCUAUGCAUGGGUAGCUUUGUGGCCGGAGCACUGCUUACCAGCUGGAGUGGCAGCGGUGGCAGCAGUCACAAAAGCUAUUCUUCAGCUGCCAAAGACAACCACCACAACCAUAGACAACUUGUUCCUCCGCGCACUCCUCAUAAUUUCUCCACUGAACCGAACCAAGCUAAGCACGACUGCGAGCACAAGCGUAAACUGGCAGAGGAGAGGCCAGCAGCAGCUGCUAUUGGAGAUAUAAUGGAUGAAGUAGAGAGAACCCAUCAAGCUAUCAAGUCGCUGGAGACAACAAUGUCGUCAUUAGAGAUGGAACUGGCAGUGGCUAGAACAAGGCAACAGGAGCCUGCUGCAGCAAGGGGGCAAGUUACGCACAAUGUUAAUGCUAGAAAUUCAUCAAAUAGUAAGAUUAAUGAUUCGUCAACGAUGCCAGGAGUAGUCGGGGUAGGGCUAGGACUGGAACUGCAAAAGGCGUUCGUAGUGAUCGGAAUCAACACAGCAUUCAGCAGCAGGAAACGGCGGGAGUCGGUUCGGGAGACGUGGAUGCCGAAAGGUGAGAAGCUCAAGGCCCUGGAGAAGGAAAAAGGGAUAGUGAUAAGGUUCGUGAUAGGCCACAGCGCUACCCCUGGGGGAGUUCUUGACAAGGCACUCGACGCCGAGCAAGACAAACACAAUGACUUCCUCAGGCUCAACCACGUCGAGGGUUACCACCAGCUGUCCACCAAAACCAGACUCUAUUUCUCUGCUGCCGCCUCCAUUUGGGACGCCCACUUCUACGUCAAGGUCGAUGACGACGUUCACCUCAACUUAGGAAUGUUGGUUACCACUUUGGCAAAAUAUCGUUCGACACCCAGGUUAUACAUUGGAUGCAUGAAAUCUGGACCGGUUCUAUCUCAAAAAGGGGUUAAGUACCAUGAGCCCGAGCACUGGAAAUUCGGGGAAGAAGGGAACAAGUACUUUAGACAUGCAACCGGCCAACUCUAUGCCAUCUCCAAGGACCUGGCUGCCUAUAUUUCCCUCAAUUCGCCCAUACUUCACAGAUAUGCAAAUGAGGAUGUGUCAUUAGGAGCGUGGUUGAUUGGGCUGGAGGUUCAACAUGUAGAUGAGCGCUCCAUGUGCUGCGGUACACCUCCAGGUCUGGCUUCUCUAGAUGAUGAUCGAUCUCUUUGUGCUUUCUUAAAUUGUGAAUGGAAAGCAGAAGCAGGAAAUGUAUGUGUGGCAUCGUUCGACUGGUCUUGCAGUGGAAUUUGCAAGUCUGUGGAGAGAAUGAAACAAGUGCAUACUUCAUGUGGUGAAGGUGAAGCUGCUGUUUGGAAUGUUGAUCUUUGACCAACCUGUCACCGUUAGCUAGCUAUUUCAAAUCUACUACCGCACAUCUAUACUAUAACUUAUUCCCUUUUUUCCACCACAUGUUUACUUUUAGCUAGCCAGCCAUAUACAUAUAUAUUAUCAACAUCAUUUUGGGAUUCGUAAAUUUAUAUUGGGUUCAAACUUUAAUUUGCAUUAUCAAGUAAAAAUUAAGUCACGCAAUUUGUGGUUGACAUUCGCUGCUCCCAUUUUAUAACAUGAAAACAAGCUUUUUUAUAGGUAAUUCAUAAUUCG